AUGUUUCGAUUCGAUCUACACGCAACUUUCCACGAAGGGACACUCAGCAUCGGACAUGUUUCGCAGGCGAACAUCUGGGCGGAGCUGAGCCCGAGCGGCACGGCGCCAUCUGCACGGUUUGGCCACACCGCGGUGUGGAGCCCCGCUGCGAAUGGCUUCUACGUGUUCGGUGGGCAGGGUGGCCCGGGCCCUGAGAGCACGUCAAGGGCAGCACGACAGCAAGCGGCGAUGCUGCAUUGCGGUGUGCGAAGGGAGACCACUGAGGCAAACAGCUGGGAACAGCUCAGCCCGAGCGGCACGGCGCCAGACGCGCGGCGUGUCCACACCGCGGUGUGGAGCCCGGCUGCGGACGGCUUCUACGUGUUCGGUGGGUAUCAUGGCUGCCUUUGCGGCAAUGUCAACGACUUGUGGUACUACGGGCGUGAGGCGAACAUCUGGGCGGAGCUGAGCCCGAGCGGCACGGCGCCAUCUGCACGGUUUGGCCACACCGCGGUGUGGAGCCCCGCUGCGAACGGCUUCUACGUGUUCGGUGGGCAGGAUGGCCCGGGCCCUGAGAGCACGUCACGGGCAGCACGACAGCAGGCUGCGAUGCUGCAUUGCGGUGUGCGAAGGGAGAUCACUGAGGCAGCACUCUCAACGACUUGUGGUUCUACGGGCGUGAGGAUGCGCUUUUUCGUGAAGCACUGGCAAAUCCCAGCACUGCAGGGCGUUCUCCUUGGGCCACCUUCCAUGUUUCGAUUCGACCUACACGCAACUUUCCACGAAGACAUGCUCAGCAUCGGACAUGUCUCGCAGGCAAACAGCUGGGAACAGCUCAGCCCGAGCGGCACGGCGCCAGACGCGCGGUAUUACCACACCGCGGUGUGGAGUCCGGAGGCGGACGGAUUCUACGUGUUCGGUGGGUCUGAUGACGGUGAAGAGCGCUGCUACCGACCGAGCAACUGGGACGAAGAGGAUGUCA